UUCUUAAUUUGUGCUCAAGGUUGUAUUUGAUUGAAUUUGCUUCUCAAGGAUUAGUUCAAAUGGUUUUGGGGAAGACAGUGGUGCUAUUUUGUAAUUUUUUCAAUUCAUUUUUGGGUGCUUAUUUGUUUUGGAUAACGUGUUUAUGAAGUCCAGGUAGCAAUUCCUAUCAUAAUGACUCAACUUUUAACUUAUCCUGAGCAUGUCACCCAUCAUAAUAUGGAGAAAUUGAGGCAGUGCACAUAAUGGGGCUAAUAACUACCUGGGUGCAAGAUUUCUCAGAAAGCCUGAUGGUUGGGUUGAAACAACAAGAUGGAGUGGAUAUUUAUUACUUCCUUCAUUUGGUGAGGAGCAUUUCCAAAGGCCAAGAAAUGAGUACUGCUUGUCUUGGUGCAGAAAUUGGUGACCUUGAACUGGACGAUGAAAAUUUGGAAUUGGGUUUGUCCCCAGAGCAUAUUUCUAGUUUUGGUAAGCCUGUAUUCAAAGAUAGUGCUGAAUUUGAUAUUGACAUAGACAAUCAAAAAAUGGAAGGGAUCAAAACUAGUGAAUCAAGUUCGGAAAAAUUAGAAGAACCUGCUAAAGCCAGCUGA